AUGGGCGACAAGCGCAAGCUCGUUCAGGAUGAGGUCGUCGAGCCCGAGGGCAAGAAAAUGAAAAAGGAUAAGAGAGAAAAGAAGGAAAAGAAGGAGAAAAAGGACAAGAAGGAAAAGAAGGAAAAGCGUUCGCGCGACGAGUCCGAGGAUGUCGCACCCGUUGAGACUGCCCCCGAAGAGGUGAAGGAGGUCAAGGAGGUCAAGGAGAAGAAGGAGAAGAAGGAGAAGAAGGCUGAGAAGACCGAGAAGGACAAGAAGGAGAAGAAGGAGCGCAAGGAGAAGAAGCGCAAGUCCACCGAGGCCGCCGCCGAAUCUGCUCCUGCCUCAGAGGACGCCAUGGAUGUCGACGAGGCCCCGGCCGAGAAGGCUGAUGGCGACAAGAAGGAGAAGAAGGAGAAGAAGGAGAAGAAGGAGAAGAAGGACAAGAAGGAAAAGAAGGAGAAGAAGGACAAGAAAGAGAAGAAGGAGAAGACCUCUGAGUCCGCCGCCGAGUCGCAAGAGCCCGCCGCUCAAAAGGCUGAGGCCGAGGCCGAGGCUGAGCAGACCCAGAAGGGUGCUCGUUUCAUCUGCUUCGUCGGCAACCUUCCCUACUCUGCCAACCAAGAGUCUCUCGCCAAGCACUUCGAGAAGAACCCUCCUGCCACAAUCCGUGUCGCAACCAAUAAGGAUGACCCCAAGAACAAGUGCCGCGGCUUCGCAUUCAUUGAGUUCGACAACUACGACCGCAUGAAGACUUGCCUCAAGCUGUACCACCACUCCAUGUUCGAUGACAAGAAGUACCCUCCUCGACGCAUGAACAUCGAGCUUACUGCUGGCGGCGGCGGCGGCAAGUCCGAGCACCGCAACGCGAAGAUCCAGGCCAAGAAUGAGAAGCUCAACGAGGAGCGCCAGCGUCAGGCCAAGGAGAUCCAGAAGGAGAAGAAGAAGCACGACAAGUCCACCGACCAGGCCGGUGCUACUGGCGCCAACGCCAUGGGUGCGGAUGGUGCUGCUGACCCUAACGACCAGUGGGCUGGCCUGCACCCUAGCCGCCGUGGCCGUGUUUAA